AUGGUUAAACUAAAGACAAGCUGUCGGAUCAUCAUCUACUCGACCACGCUGGUGCUACUUGUGUUCCUGCAGCAGGUUUACACCUUCUGCCCAUCGAUAUGCACGUGCGAGGGUGACCCGAACGUGCGCACCUGGUGCAUCGGGGCCGGGCUGGAUGUGGUACCGAUCCAGCUCAAUCCGGACGUGCGCUACAUCAACCUUACCGCGAACCGGAUCACCAACGUGCACUUCACGCUCACCUUCUACUACAAGCUGGAGGUGCUCGAUCUCGCUGGCAACCGCAUCGAAGCGCUCGGUUCGCGCAACUUCGACACCCAGCAAGCCCUCCGGACGCUCAAUCUCAGCGAUAACGCAAUCGCCUCCAUCCCGAAGGACGCCUUCCGUGGGUUGCAGCGGCUUCAAACGCUGAAGCUGUGCGGGAACCGUAUCGAAACGAUACACCCGGCUGCGUUCCACGAUUUGCGCAAUCUCAUUGAGCUUGACCUUGCGGGCAAUGCGAUCACCAGCCUGGAACCGGGGACGCUGCGACAUCUCUAUUCGCUCGAGGUACUAUCGUUCCAGAACAACCAGCUGCUGGAGAUACCGUACGAGCGCAAUCUCGAGCAUCUCGGCCAACGGUUACAGUUGCUCGAUUUGUCCGUCAACCUGCUGGAAUACAUCGCGAACGACAGCUUUGUGGCGUUGCGGGAGCUACGUACGCUCAAACUUGGCGGCAACAUUCUGACCGAGCUGGAUUACGGCGCCUUCCAUGGGCUUAGCGGACUCAGGGCGCUCGACAUCGUUGACAAUAAUCUUACAGUUGUGCCAACACUGCAAUUAUCAAAAUUGUGUAAUUUAACAUAUUUAUCACUGAGCGGAAACUACUUCGAAAGUCUACCGGCGGUGGCGUUUCUGAACCUGUUCCAGCUACAGCAGCUUCACCUCAACCGGCUGGAUCGACUGCAGCGCAUCGAUGCGAGGACGUUCGUGGACAACGCGAACCUGCGGAUUCUCACCCUGGACGAUAAUCCAUCAUUUGCGAGCUUACCGCUGCGACUGUUUCACAGCAAUCCGAAUCUGGUGGAGAUUUCGAUGCGGCGCAACGCGUUGAUCCGUCUCGAUGCCGUACACUUUCCGCUCGACCGGUUGCAUCGGCUCGAGCUGGGCGGUAAUCCGCUCGUGUGCAAUUGUUCCCUCCUGUGGCUGUGGCGGCUCACGACCGGAUACGGACUGCACGAGGCCGACUUUCGGUUGAUUGUGCCGGCAGCGGCGGCCGCUGCUGCGCUCAUUACUGCCGCACAACCGACCGCAGUGCAGCAGGAGGAAGAGACGAUACUGGCCCGUACGCAUCACGACGGUCCGCUGUACGUCGAUCGGGACGAGAUCGGGUGCGAUCGGUACGAGGACGGUCGACGAACGAGACACCUGCUGCGCGCGAUGACGGAGAGCGACAUCGACUGUCCGACCCAUCUUGUGACCGUCAUCAGUGCUGUGCUAAGCAUACUGCUUGUGCUCGCGACCGGUGCGAGUGUGUUGUAUGUGCUGCGGUUGUCCAAACGACGCAAGCAGCUGCUUGCCGAUGACGAUGACCCACGGCGUCGGUCCGGAGUUACGGAGCUAAUCGUGCCCCAUCCGCAGAAGGUGGACAAGCUGGAGCUGGAGCGUUACCUAGCGCAGCAACAGUCGCUGGUACAUGAAUACCGAACGUUACGAGCACCCUGGGAGUUACCACUGCCGGUGAAGGAGGACCUCAAGUACGGUAGCGUCGCGGCAACUGGUCGAGAUCUCAGCACUGGCAACGGGCAAGCUCCUACCGAUCAUUACGAAUCGCUCGACUACUACCAGCAUCAACACCAGCAGCAGCAGCAUCCUCAGCACCAACAACAAAAGCGAACUCUCUCCCGUCCACACAUCGUUUUCGUAUGACUCUAGACCGGCCGACGUCACCGGGGCUACUGCACUGGACGACGAGGUACCAGCAGCGUAACGCCACUGCUGGAGUUCGAAAGUGCCGUCUAAAA